GAAGAAUAAGACAAAGUUAUACUCCGUAUGAGGAAACCUUUAAAUGAAAAAACUUCAUGUCCAACAUUUAGGAGAAGAUAGAGCAGUAAAACAGUAACAGUAAAUUUUACCAAAAAAAACUAACAGUGAAACAUUUUUCCGAGUGUUAACAAUAAAAGACGAUAGUAUUUGAAAAGAAAAGAGAUCUUGAAGAAAAUAAAAGUAGAGUGUUUAAUGAAAAUAUGUUUUUACCCAUGGAUCUUCUUAAGAGGAAGAAAAAGAGGGAUAAAGCUAUAAGAAUUAUUAUUGCAGAGUGCAAGGAAAUGGAGUAUGAUGGUAUUGUUCUUGAGUCCUGGUCAAGGUGGGCAGCUUAUGGUGUGUUGGAUGAUCCUGAUAUACGGAAUAUGGCAUUGCAGUUUAUUCGACAGCUUGGGGAAGCCAUGCGUUCUGUAAGCUUGGAAAGAAACAAGAAGAAAACACUGGAGUUAGUUUAUGUGAUAGGCCCACCACGUUCCGAUAAGCUGCAGGAUCGUGAUUUUGGGACCAAUGAUUUACAAAGUUUGGGUGAUGCUGUGGAUGGUUUCUCUCUUAUGACUUAUGACUUCUCAGGACCCCAAAAUCCAGGCCCAAAUGCACCACUUAAUUGGAUACACUCUACGUUGCAGCUCCUUCUUGGUGGUCGUGUAGGUCUCGAUCAUAGUUUGGCUAGAAAGAUAUUUCUUGGCAUCAAUUUCUACGGAAAUGAUUUUGUCAUUUCAGGAGGAUUAGGGGGCGGGCCUAUUAUAGCACAUGAGUAUGUGUCAUUGUUGGAGAAGCACAAGCCGGCAUUGGAGUGGGAGAACACCAGCGGGGAGCAUUUCUUCGUGUACACUGAUGAUCAACAUGCCAGACAUGUCGUAUUCUACCCGUCGUUCUUGUCACUAGUAAUGCGGCUUGAGGCGGCUCUCUCCUGGGAUGUUGGCAUCUCAAUAUGGGAAAUUGGGCAAGGAUUGGAGUCCUUUUUUCCUUUGUUGUAAUAGUAGUCAAGACUCUCCUAUUUUUUAUUUUGCCUCAUUCAUAGAAAUAGAAUCAUAGCCGCUUGUAACACAGAAUCUUACGAGUAUAAUUUGUUUGGUCUUGUUGGAA